AGCUAACGCUGCACACACUGCUAUCUCAGAGCAAUAAGGAACGCCACUAAAGACCCGCUAAAGAUGCUGUGCUCCCACGUCUUUCAGCCUUCCUUCGGCCACCUGAUGGAUUUCCACUGGCCCGUUCGCAGUCUCUGGCCAGUGACAAGACCCCUCUUCUUUCGGGAGGAGGUGAUGCGCAGACACAUGCAGGAGAUGAAGAACAGCUUGGAGCUGAUGGAGAAACUUCAGCAACAGAUCUUUGAGGAGAUCGACCAGGUCCCAGCCUCUAUGAGCAUCCAACCAGUCUCAUACCAGGUGGAGAAAGAGGGAGACCGCUUUGCCCUGACACUGGACACUGAAGACUUCUCCCCAGAAGAGCUCUCCGUCAAACAGGUGGGAAGGAAGCUACGAGUGUGCGGCAAGACGGAGAAGAAGCAGGAGGACGGAAAAGGUUCCUACUCUUACAAAAGGCAGGAGUUCAGACAGGAGUUUGAUCUGCCCGAGGGCGUCAACCCCGAUGCGGUCACGUGCUCCCUGACGGACGGCCGGCUCCAGAUCCAGGCGCCCAGGGUGGCCGUGUCCGAGCCCCAGGAGAGGGUGGUUCCCAUCGCCUGCAGCCCUGCUGAGAAGACUCUGCAUUUUCAGAGCGCGCAGGCAGAGGGACGCACAGAGGAGACUCAGAAGGACCAUUAGGGGACUUACCUCCAGCAGGACUGAUAGCAUUUUAAAUGCUGCUUGUUGUCAAGAUUGUCCAAGAAGACUCAGUAUUAAUGGGUUUACGUCAGGGGUUUUUAACCCAUUCCAAUUUUAGGAUUUAAAAAUAAAUUUUACUUGAAUCUUAUGUCUAUUUCAUCAAUCAUUUUUGUAAGAUGUAAGAAUUUGUUGAUGUCUGAAAGCAAUGAUUUUGUAAUAAAAAUGUUGAUUGUGAAUAAAAUGUGAAAUUAUAA